AUGGAUGGCUCUGUGGCUUGCCCGCUCCAGACCCAGCUGCCGCAGUCUUGGCACGAGCAAUUCAGGCCAGGGACCCAGCUGCCCGAGAUCAGGGCCUACAAGCUGGGCAAGAAGCGGUGGAGCUACAACCAGGUUGAGCUGGUGCUUGGAGAGGAGGGCGGCACGCGCACGGCGGCCGUUCAGCAAGCGCUCCACGCGAGCGGCGCCAAGUUCCCAGAGGCGCACCAGGACUCGGCCGUCGGCUUCCUGAUUCAGCUGGAGUCGGGUGUGAAGGUGCAGGCUCACGUGUACCUGUGCUACGACCGGCAGCCGGGAGAUGCCUGUGGCGCGAGCGGCAGCGGGCGCGGCCGUGGGCCCGCGCUGGUGCCCGGCAGCGACCACUUUGCUUGGAACCUGGUGACCCGCAAGCACUGCUGCAAGGGCUGCGAGGGCCGCGUGCUGCGCUCUAUCCAGCGGUUUGGCCGGCUUGGCAAGCGCUGCCGCGGGGGCGAGGCAAAGGCUGCUCCGCCGCCUGAGCCCGCCCCCAUAGAUGCCAACGGCGAGGCGGGCGCAGCCCCCGCUGGCCACGGCUCCAGAAAGGACCCCCGCUACAUGUACCUGUCGCUGGAUGAGGCGUGCACGCACGUGGACGCUGCUGCCUUCCGCCUCGUGGCCGGAAUCUACAACCGCCAGGGCACACGCCUGCUCACCACCGCCGUCAGCCCACCCAUCCGCGUGCUGGCCAACAACGACGUGCCCACCGGCGCGGCGCGCAUCUCUCUGGAGGCGCGCCUGCCCGCCUGCCCGCCGACUGGGAGGGGUGGGGCCCCGAGGCUGGCGGCCAGGCGGCGGGGCGGGCGCCCGCCGCGCCGCGCGUGCGCAAGAGUGCGGCCCAGCCCAGCCGCCGCAAGCUGGUGCCCCGGCAGCGGUGCCCUGUCCCAGGCGCGCCCCGCCUCCAUGCGCCAGCUGGCCCGCCAGCAAUCACGGCAGCAGCAGCAGCAGCAGCAGCAGCAGAGCUGCGGGCACAGCGGGGCGGCAGAGGCGUGGCCGCUGGCGCCGGGCGCUCUGGGCACGCCGCCGCGGCGCUCGCCGCCGCGCCAGCUGCCCGAGGCGCCGAAGCUGUCGCCCAGCCAGGCCUCGCUGCUGGCGUGCGGCAGCGUGGGCAGCACGGGCGAGGCCGGCAGCGGCGGCAGGCUGCGCCACGUCGGCUCCUCCACCAUCAAGCAGGAGCAGCUGGGCGACGGCGACGUGUACUCCAUCGAGGGCUCCUGCGCCCUCCACGUGGGCCGUUUUGGCAGCUUGGAGAUGGAUUCCCUGGGCAACCGCGGCUGCCCCGAGCCGCCCGAGCACUGGCUGGCGCCCGCGGGCCACGCCGACAUCUCCGCCGUCGCCGCCGGCUUUGUGCGCAGCGGUGACGCGGCGGCGCAGGCGGAGGCCGAGCGCCAGCUGCGCCUGCUGCGCGAGCUCAAGGCCAAGCUGCUGGCCGCCAGCAACCAGGAGGCCAGCAGCGGGUGCGAGGUGUCGGCGGCAGCGCCCUCCAGCGUGGGCUGCGCGCCGGCGGCUGCCAGGGAGGCGGAGGAGCAUGUGUCGCCGUCCAUCGAGGCUCCAGCCUCGCCGUCUGCCCACGACUGGCUGCCCGCCGCCGCCGCCUCCGACACCAUGCUGCCCGCGGAGUCUCUGAUGGAGCACAACCUGGGCCUGCCGCUGCUGCUGCUGGAGCACGGCAGCGGCGGCUUUGGCGGCGCCGACGACGAGGACGAGCAGCUGCACACCAUUAUGCUGCCGGGGCACCACGAGCACACAGCGAUUGAGAUGCUGGACAUGCGCAUGCCGCCCCUGUUUGAUGAUGCUGGCCCACUCUUGAGCGGGCACACCUGGCUGGCGCCAGUACCGGUGCCGCGCUGGCACCAGUACCAGUGCCACCACUGCUUGCCACCACCUUCAUCCCAAGCCACCGCGUGAGCAGCCGCCGCCACGCACGCGACCUCCAGAACGCUAGGCAUGCUGCACCCGCCUGCCUGCAGCUCCUGCCGGGCCCCGGGCACCUGUUGUGUGCGUGCCUGAGGGCCGGGCAGGCCUGCAGCAGGCGGGCGAGCAUGACUGCCGCUGGGCCAGUGUCCUCUCCCCUACCCAUACUGGUCUUUCCCCCACAUGUCGUCUCCCUUGUCCCUUGUCCCUUGUCCCUGUCCCUGUGAGCGCCCAGCUCUGCCUCAUUGCGCAGCCUGGGCCGACCCUGCUCCUCAACAGCCUUUGAGCAUCGAUAUUGAUGCCACUUCAGCACGUCAGAAAUGCGCAGAACCCAACCCCCCAUACAGCAGCCAUAUUUAAGCCACUGCUUCUCUUUAAAAGGGAAUUCGGGUUUGUUUGUCAAAAUGUUUCCUCUCCCCCCUCUUCCCGCACCACCACACCACUUUUCAAACUCAACUCAUUUUGGCUACAAUGCACCCAACCGACCGACUAUCCACUGCUGCUCCGUUCCUCUACCGAGGAAGCUGCCUGUGCUGCCGGCUUCCUUUGCUGGCAGCAGUGUGCAGCAUCAGCUGGCUGGAGGCCUGCAGCACAACCAAUAUCAGCGUCUUUAAUGUUUUCUCUGGUGCGGCUUGCUUGCGGGUGCAACAACCGGGUUUCAGACCCAUUUUGUCGGCAGCUCAAUACAACAAGCCAGGAUGCCAUGCCUAUUUCGCAUGGCGCCUGCGCCUGGGCGCCAAUGCUGGCGCCCUGUCUUGACUUCUAUCUGCGCAUGCGACCUUUUUGUCUGGGCACGCCUGCCGAUGCGUCGGCGUGCUCCCUCUUUGUUUUUUCUGCUGCCUCCUCUGCUCAAACUUUGCCAGCUUUGCCAGCUGUACAGCAGACAACCUGAUAAGAGUGUUAGAGUUGGUCUUUUGCUAAUGACCGCGUGCAUCCCUAGGCUGCGUGCCUCCUUGCGAUUCUUCUUUGUGGCAUCAUCUGGUGCUUGCCACAGCGUAUCUUUUCCUGUCCAGUACUUGCAAAGCGCACGCAAC